AUGUCCGCUGCCGUUGAAUCUGCCCCCUACACUGGCCCUUCGCCGCGUCACAUGAUCGACACUCACACUCUCGCCCAGGAGAUCAUCAACCGCAACAACGACCCCUGCCCUAUUCUUGACGAGAACGAGCUUUCUCUCCUCUCCCAAUUUGUUGCCGAUCCUUCUCAAGCUCGCGCCCUCCUUGAAGCACGCGGCCUUUCGCAAGAGCCGACCAAGUCCGGCAGCUUGGUUGCCUACGUCAUUUCCCUUCACGACACCGACAAGGCCGCCCUUACUGAUGGAGAGAUCAAACUGCUGAAGGAAUGGUUUGAGGAUGAACAGAAGGCCAGUCAGGCUUGA